AUGCCCACACCCCUCUCCCCCUUAACGCCGGCGCAUCAAAACUCGCGAUCCUUUUCACCAAACCCUGGUGAUCUGAUUGCGGGAAAGGCCCCUGACCACGAGGAUAUUCUUCAAACCGGUGAUUUUGAGAAUGCGCCUUCGAGCCCCAUGAAAUUGGCGGAUGACGCAAACGUCGGCAACCAGGACAACCUGAGCUUCACACCUUCGCGCGAGUCGCAGGGACUGGGCAAGGAAGAGGAUGACUCUGAUGACGACUUUAUGGAGCCAGCGUCUAGCUCACCUUUCAUAGAGCAGGGUAGAGACUGCACGGUGGACUUCCCCCUCAAGCGACAACCGGCCCUCGACGCGAACGAGCGCUCGAAUACUCCGCGCAAACGUUCCUUUGAGUACGGACCGGAAGGCCAGGAUGAAGAGGAGGCAUUAGAUGGGAGGUUCAGGAAGAGUGCCAGUCGCUGGGAGGCGCCAGACAUCAAUGUCUACGCCGACGAGGACGCCAGUUUCAGCGCUGAACAGAAAAGUCCGGGAGGUGCGGAACACAACAGUAUGAUGGAAGAGAAGCAUAACGAAGGAAUGAGCACUUUCCUUCGUGAGAGCCAUAAUGAAAGCAUUUCAAACGAAAAAGAAAACGAAUCCUUGCCCCACGCAGAUGACUCGAUGAUUGACGACUCUCACGAUUUCAUGGAUGAUACCUGCCUCAGUACCUUCUCUGCAGUUCCCAAUGCCGACAUGACAACGUUUGCAAAGCUGCGUGGGGACUCCCCAUUCAAAUCUACACGGCCUCUUCCAAGUAGCCCAAGCAAAGCCGACGAUACUGAGACUCGGGGUCUUGAUCCGAGCACCCCAUCCGUGGCUCGAAAAUCUCCCCGGAAAGGGGCACUACUUGACAUGAGCUCCCCAAUCGGAUCGCCAACCCCAAAGCGAAGAGAACCCCAAGCUGAGGGGGGUGUUCCUGGAACCCCAAAUUUACUCGACUUGACAGAUCAGCAAACCUUUUUCCCAAGAAAGCGCUACAGCAUGCAAAAUGAGAGAUACUCUCCAUCGCGGCGCUCACCCUUGAGAGCUGUCCGGGAGUCGGUCAGAGGCUCACCUAAAGUAUCGCUGCUAGACUUUGACAUUCCCGCCGCUCCGACCCCUCGAUCCAUUCCCACCGUCACUCCUCGAGAGCUGGAGUCCUUGAAAUCCAGCUUCCUCUCGGAGAUUUCCUCUCUCAAGGCGACGCUGAGCGGGAGAGAAGCAGAAGUGUCUAGCCUCAAGCAGGCCGUUGCGGAUGCCGAGCGACGAGUUGGCGAGGCAUUGGAAGAAGUGCGCAACGAGGCUGCCGGCAAGGAAACACUCGAGAUCGAGCAGGUCGAAUGGCAGCGAAGGGGUCAGGAAAUGGACAACGUUUUGCGAUCGGUGAGGGCCGAGAUUGUGGAGGGGGAACGGGAAAGGGAACAGUUGAUCAAGAGGGUCGAGGAAGCAGGAAAGGAUAAAGAACAGCUGGAGAGCCGAAUUGUUGAAUUGGAGACUCAAUUGAGUGCAACCCGCAGCUCCGUGUCCAGCAAUACCCCUCAAAGUGCUUCCCACACCAAGACGGCGGAGGAAACUGCAAGGGAAGUCCAAGACGCCGUUGAGAAAAUGGCAGCAGAGCUCCACGUCGUAUACAAGAAAAAACACGAGACGAAGGUCAGCGCGCUGAAGAAGAGUUACGAGGCGCGGUGGGACAAGCGAGUGCGCGCGGCCGAAGACAAGUUGAAGACUGCCAACGAAGAGAACGAACGCCUGAGGAAGGAACGAGAUGCGGCCUUGUCUGAUGCGCCACGUCCCAGUGCCAGCCCCAAUACCCAGGCCCCCGAGAACGAGGAGCAUGAAGCGGAAAAGCGAAUCCUUCAGGCUCAAAUCCAGGGCUUGCAACAAGAGAUGGCAGCUCUCAAGGAUGACAGCGCACGACUGCACAACGAACUCGAGCUGGAAAGAGCCGAGAAGGGCGAGCUCGUGGCAGCCGUCGAUGAGUGGCUCGCAAUCCAGCAAAACCAGCCCCCGUCUGAAUCCCCGGGGCCGCAAGAAGAUGAACAGCCGGAGCCGGUCUCAACGGAGCGCGCCGGCUCGGAUGACUUCAAGCGGAGUUUGGGCCGUAGCGGCUCCAGCGUCUCGAGCGGCAUCCGGCCUCCAAGCACCGGGUCCGGCUCCGGCGAGAAGAAGAUGCCCAAGAUCGCAGCACCAGGCAGCCGUCACGGGCGAGUUAAUAGCGGAGGCAAGUCGGGAAUCGCCGUCUUCACGCCGGGUCGCAGUGGCAUCAUGGGCUCCAUCGAACGCAUGGGCCGUGGUGGCAUCUAA